UUUGCAUAUUUUAUUUUAUAACAAAUUUAUGAAACCUUAAAUCUAAUUUUUCACUUUCCUCUUCUAGUAAUUUGAGUUUUUCCUUUGCCUGUUGCAAAAUUUGCUCAGUGAUUGAAUCUGAGCUCAAGCUGAGUUCUUUGUCUGAUCCUGGUUGGUCUAGUUUGGCACUGGCCAAGCUUAUUUUGCUCUGGCACGCGUUGAAUUCCAGUGAUAAAUGAUCACAGUGUUUGUUGAGUCUUUCAAUUUCUUGUUUUUGUUUGGUGUUUGUGUUUUUGAGUUUUUCAAUUUCUUGUUUGUAAGAGUCGUUUAAUGUCUUUAGGUUGUUACAUUGUUGGUUGCAAUGAGGCAAUAGACAUUGUUUUAACUUAGAGUUUUCUUUUUUUAAUUUGUUAACUUGUUUUUCAAGUGUUUUUUUGCGUUUUUGAUUGUAAAGUAGCUUUUGGUCUCUGUAGUGAAACUCCUUUUUGAAUUUUUCAAUUAAUUCAAUAAUUUGGUUUUGUACUGAACAGGGACAAGGAAAAAUUACACUGAUGAUGUUGCAAAUACUCGGCUACAAUCAAGUGCAAAGCUUGCUGGGCCAAAGAAGAGGUUUUCUGGAUAUUCUUACCAAUUGCGGUACUCUGUAGGACGUUGACCAUUUGGUAUUUGAGGUAAGACCUCAGGUCUCGAACUAGACCUUUCUUUUCCAUCCAGGCGCUCAACAUUUGUUGGAAUUCUUGAGGCGAGAGCUGUUUAACUGGAGUAUUUUUAAUAAAAUUGUCCAUAAUUCGAAAUGUUUGUGUUGUGUCCUCAUUCCUCAUUUGGCAACAUCCAGUCAGUACAAUCAGCUGAUUGCCUUAUGACGUGGACAAGUAAACAACUACAAAAAUGGGUACCGAUGUGGAUGUAGUGAAAAACUUGGAAAAUUUAAAUUUAAAUGAAAAAAACCCAAUGGAAAUUGGUCCGGAAUGUGGUCUACCACUUGUCGAAGUCUACAAACUGGCCCUUGGCUUCUACAAAGAAAAAGUCGGCAAAGCCUUCCACUUCAGCUACGAAGACAAUCUGCAACUGAUAGCGUUUUCUCAACAAGUCGCACACGGUCCUUUAGACGAAAUCAUAAACAAAUUACCACCUCUGGGCACUUUAGACGUAGUGGGCAAAGACCGAAGAGAAGCCUGGCACAAAUUGGGACAACUAUCCAAGGACCAGGCCAAAGCUGGCUUUGUAGAAUUACUAAGUCGACGUUGUUCGUUGUUUUCAGCGUACAUUGAGGCACACAGGAGGGAAAGGGACGAACAACAAAGACUGGGCAAAGAAAAGGACAAAAAAAAAAUUGCUUUGGAGGCGCAGCAGCAAAAAGAACAGGAAAACCAACAACAAGAGGCAAUCAAAAGGCAAAUACAACAAGCACUUAAUGAACAAACCUAUGAACAGUUUAGGAAGUAUGCUGACCAACAAUAUCCAGGUGAUCCAGAAAAACAAGGUACUUUAAUAAGGCAGUUGCAAGAACAACACUACAUACAGUACAUGCAACAAUUAGAACUUUCUCAAAGGGCUGAGGCUUUAAAUACUGAAAAAACCACUGAAAAUGAAAGCAACUCGAGUACUAAAACUGCAAAAGAAGCUACAGUAGAUGAUGAAGUAGAAGAAGAAGAAUAUCAAAUAUCUUCCGCCAGCAUGUGGACUCUGCCAGAAGUAGACUCAUUCAAGCAAAGAGUUGCUCAAACUGAAGGCGAUGGUGUGGUUAGAGUAGGCCAUGGCGAAACAGUAACUGUCAGAGUACCCACACACCCUCACGGUUCCAGACUGUUCUGGGAGUUCGCCACAGAUCACUAUGACAUAGGGUUCGGGUUGUACUUUGAAUUUGGCCCUCCAAUGACUGAAGAAGUGUCGGUGCACGUGUCUGACAGUGACGACGAAGAAGACAUUGAAAUUGAUGAAGAGGAACUCUAUGCUGAUGAAACAUUGCACUGCGAUCUUGAAUCAGGAGGUAUAGAUUUGUCUUCCAUUAGCAAACCUCAACUGUUAGAAAUAGUUCCUGUUUAUCGAAGAGACUGUCAAACUGAAGUUUAUGCCGGGUCGCAUCCCUAUCCUGGUGAAGGAAGUUAUUUGUUGAAAUUUGACAACUCUUAUUCUUUGUGGAGGUCCAAAACACUCUACUACAGGGUUUAUUAUACGCAUUAGACUAUUGAUAAAUAGGUAUUAAUUUAUUUUAUUGUUUGAGUCAGUAAGGAGGACUAUAAAUUGUUCUUUUUGUGGAAUUAUUAUUGUGCAAUGCUUAUGUCAAUAUGUACUAAUUAAAAAAGUUUGAAUGAUUUUCCUUU